AUGGCGGAAGGGCAGUCACGAGGUCAACUGCUUGCACGACGGAACACAUUGCUUGCUGCUCUGGGUCGGGCAGAGGCGUUUGCUGCCGGUUACGACGCUCAACGGGACCAUACGCAGGUGACAUUGAGGCUCGAGUACCUGAAUGGAGUAUGGAGCAACCUGGAGACAGUACAGGCGCAGCUUGAGGACAACGAGACGACCGAUGAAGGUAGGGCAGAGCACGCUGCCACUCGUGCAUCCUUUGAACCUCGGCUAUUUGAAAUAAAAGCCAGUCUCAUUUCAAAAUUGCCUCCUAUUCCUAACAAUCGGAGCCCUGUUCCCCCACACGUGUCCUCUACUCUCUCUGGUAUCAAGUUACCGACGAUUUCUUUGCCCGAAUUUAAUGGAGAUUACAUGCAAUGGCUUGCAUUCCAUGAUACAUUCUUGGCGCUCAUUCAUUUAAAUCCGGAGGUGCCGGAUAUUCAAAAAUUUCACUAUUUGCGGGCAGCUGUCAAGGGGGAAGCUGCUCAGUUGAUCGAGUCGAUUGGUAUCAGUUCCGCUAACUACGUUUUGGCUUGGCAAACAUUGGAGAAUCGGUAUUCGAAUGACUACUUGCUAAAGAAGCGGCAUAUGCAGGCACUCUUCGACAUCCCGCGCAUGAAGAAGGAGUCUGCUGCAUCACUACAUGGGUUGGUUGACGAAUUCGAGCGGCAUACGAAAAUCUUGCAUCAACUGGGAGAACCAACCGACGCUUGGAGCACUAUAUUGGAACAUCUGCUGUGUACGCGCCUGCACGAUGAUUCACUGAAGGCAUGGGAGGACCAUGCGUCGACGGUAGCGAAUCCGGACUACGCCUGUCUCAUCGAGUUUCUGCAGCGGAGAACACGAGUGCUAGAAUCCAUCUCUGUGAACCAUCAUACAGUAGAAUCAGCGUCAACUUCUGGUAUUUCAGCUCAUCCACCAAAGAAGAAUCAUCUCCACUCUCAGUUCCGCUUUACUUCGUGUGCGUCGACUGCAAGUUUGGGUGAAAAGUGCAUCGCCUGCAACCAGUCGCAUUCCGUGACGAAGUGUCAGAAAUUCAACCGGAUUUCACCGAGUGAACGUCAGCAGCUUGUGAAUUCCAAACGCCUUUGUCACAACUGCUUGGAGGGUGAUCAUUUUGUCCGCAAUUGUCCUUCAAAUUUCAGCUGUCGGAAGUGCAAUCGACGUCACCAUACGCUUCUUCAUUCCGGGCAGAGCGAUGGUUCCCGAAAGAACGUUAGCGAAGGAGCUUCCUCUAGUCCUGGUGCAACCGCUUCUACUACGCCAUCUAAUGGGUCUUCUGUGGUCGAGUCAUCUACGCAAUCUACGGUGGCUGCUACUGAGGAUGUUCCUGUGGUCGAAGUUAGUUCUGCUCUACAACAUCCUCGCGAAGACGUCUUUCUUCUCACUGUCAUUGUGAAGGUCAUCGACACCUACGGUGUGGAACAUCUAGCUCGUGCACUUCUGGACAGUGCAUCUCAGCCGAAUCUCAUCACGGAUCGCAUGGCGCAAAUUCUACGAUUGCGGCGACAACCCGUGAAUGUUACGGUACAGGGAGCCGGCAAGCUAUCUAAACCGGUACGUGAAUCGGUGUUCGCACAGGUACAUUCAAGGACGGGUGACUUUUCGUGUGGCGUCAGCUUUUUGGUGAUGGACAAAGUGACGGCAAAUCUCCCUUCGCAAAGCGUUUCAACUGUGGGAUGGAAGAUUCCGAAGGGGUUGCUUCUGGCUGAUCCAUCCUUCAACGAAAGUCAACCGAUCGACAUGGUUUUGGGUGCUCGGCACUUCUACUCCUUCUUCCCCAGCGCUGCACGCAUUCAGCUUGACAGAAAUCUUCCGAUUCUGGUCGACAGCGUCUUCGGCUGGAUUAUCGUAGGCUCGGCUAAGGAUUGCUUGGAGCGUUUUUGGAAAACCGAAGAGCUGACAACGAACGAUAAUUAUUCGAUAGAAGAACGGCGCUGCGAAUCUCUGUACCAAUCUACCGUUUCUAGGGACUCCGAAGGCAGAUAUGUUGUACGAUACCCCCGAAAACCUGAUUUUGAUGUGAUGCUAGGCGAAUCCAGAAGCAGUGCACAGCGACGGUUCGGAUAUCUGGAAAGACGACUGGAACGAGACUCGAAAUUGAAGGACGAAUAUCAUCAGUUCAUGCGAGAGUAUCUCUCCCUCGGCCACAUGCGGCUGGUCGAAGCGGACGACGAACGUAACUCUCCCACCUACUAUCUACCUCACCACCCCGUAAUUAAGGAAGCAAGUACGACGACCAAGGUCCGGGUCGUGUUUGAUGGCUCUGCGAAAACUUCUUCCGGCUUCUCCCUCAAUGAAGCUCUUUGCGUUGGUCCCGUGGUGCAGGACGAUCUGCUGAACAUUAUCUUGCGGUUUCGAACCUUUCCCGUUGCUCUCGUCGGAGAUAUUGCCAAAAUGUACAGGCAGGUACAGGUCCACUCUGACGACACACCGUUACAACGCAUUCUGUGGCGAUUCUCCCAACAUUCUCCAGUACAGACGUACGAACUACUGACCGUUACUUACGGCUUAGGUCCAUCAUCGUUCUUAGCGACACGAACUCUCCAGCAACUAGCGGUGGAUGAAGGUGAUGCGUACCCGGUAGGCGGUCCAGCAUUGAAAAAGAGUUUUUACGUCGACGAUUUCAUCGGUGGAGCUGAAACAAUUGAAGAAGCUAUCCGUAUGCGAGUAGAGCUCAGCGAACUUCUGCAGAAAGGAGGAUUCGAGCUCAGAAAAUGGACGUCGAACUGUCUGGAAGUCCUCCAAGGUCUCUCCGACGAUCAGAUCGGCACGCAGUCCGCGUUGCACUUUAGUCCCCACGAAACCAUCAAAGCACUUGGAAUUAGCUGGGAGCCUGAAGCAGAUUACCUCCGUUUUCAUUCUCAGAUUCGAACAAGCAGUGAACCUCCAACGAAGCGGUCUAUCCUCUCUGACAUCGCCAAGUUAUUUGACCCUCUUGGACUCAUUGCCCCCGUCGUCGUACGUGCGAAAAUCCUGAUGCAGGAAUUGUGGUUGUUGUCCUGCGGUUGGGAUGAUCCUGUUCCAGAACCGAUCAAAUCGAGAUGGGAAAUCUACCACCAAGAGCUGGUGAAAAUAUCUGAGCACCAUGUCAACAGAUAUGCAUUUCUUCCGAGUUCCGUUAUACAGCUGCACACUUUCGCGGAUGCUUCUCAGGCAGCAUAUGGAGCUUGUACGUACGCCCGAUGUGAAGACGACCAAGGAAAGGUGAGGAUUCAACUGCUAGCGUCGAAAUCCCGAGUAGCCCCGCUGAAACGAAUCACCAUAGCCCGUUUGGAAUUAUGCGCAGCCGUGCUAGCCGCUCAUCUACACGCGCGAAUCAAAAAGGCCAUCGACGUCAACGUUUCUGCAUCGUACUUUUGGUCAGAUUCCGCCGUCACUCUACAGUGGUUACGAUCACCUCCGAACGUCUGGCCAACCUUCGUCGCAAACAGAGUCUCGGAAAUACAGCAGUACACGAACGGAUGUCAGUGGAAACACGUUCCCGGAGCUGAAAAUCCUGCCGACCUGGUCUCGCGCGGCAUGUCAGUCGACGAAUUUCUACAAAGCAACUUGUGGAGCUGUGCCCCAGGCUGGUUGUCACUGUCACCACAGGAUUGGCCAAUCUUCAUUCCCCCAGGCGUGCCAGCAGAAGAGCUGGAGUUAAAAACUACGGUUGCACUCACCCAAGCGGUUCCUACCGUUCAUCCCUGGUUUCUCCGUUGGUCUUCCUACAGCCGAUUACUCCACGUCAUCGGAUAUUGUAUGCGAUUUGUCACCAACACCCGUUCAAAAGCACGAACCCAACCUUCGCCAUCCCCCAUUCCGGUCGACCAAUCACUUACCGUGGCAGAACUAGCCAAUGCCAAAACGUUUCUCGUCCGACUCGCCCAGCAGGAUGGUUACGCCGCAGAAAUAAAGCAGCUGGAGAAGGAAAACACCGUGCCGAAGCAGUCCCACAUUCACCGAAUGAGCCCAUUUUUCGACCCAGAGAGAGUGUUGAGAGUGGGAGGUCGUUUAAAUCUUGCCCAGUUACCUUAUCAAGCAAAGCACCCUGCGCUUAUUCCCACCAACCAUCCGUUCACUCGACUAAUCGCUGAACAUUUUCAUCGCAAACUGCUGCACGGCGGCGGGCGCCUGCUGCUCACUACGAUUCGCGAGGAAUUCUGGCCACCCCGCGGCCGUAGACUGGUUCAAAGCGUAGUACGAAAUUGCUUCCGUUGUACUCGUCUUAAUCCAAUACUGGCCCAACAACAAAUCGGUCAGUUACCUGCCCAGCGUGUGAUCCCAAGUCGUCCAUUCAGCAUCACCGGUGUCGACUAUGCUGGCCCACUAUACCUUCGCCCGAUACACAAACGUGCCGCACCUGCAAAGACUUACCUGUGCCUCUUUGUAUGCUUUUCAACCAAAGCAGUGCAUUUGGAAUUAGUCAGUGAUUUGUCCACUCAAGCAUUCUUGUGUGCCCUGCGACGAUUUAUCGCUCGUCGUGGACGGCCCACACACAUCCACUCAGACAACGGGAAAAAUUUCGAGGGGGCAAAAAAUGAGCUGGCUGAACUGUUUGCCAGAUUUCAUAACCGUGCUGAACAGGCUGAAAUAGCUUCUGUGUGUGCCGAGGAAGGGAUCACCUGGCAUUUGACACCACCCAAGGCACCUCACUUUGGCGGCCUGUGGGAGGCAGCAAUCAAAAUAGCCAAAAAACAUUUGUACCGACAGCUCGGUUCAUCUCGCCUUACGUUCGAGGCUAUGUGUACCGUACUAACACAAAUCGAAGCGAUCAUGAAUAGCCGACCAUUGCUUCCACUUUCGGAGGACCCCAACGACCUAGCUGCAUUGACACCAGCGCACUUUCUCGUCGGUUCAUCACUACAUGCCCUGCCCGACCCAGAUUUAAUGAACGUACCUGCCAACAGACUCGACCACUAUCAACAGCUGCAAGUGCAUGUGCAGCAAUUUUGGUCGCACUGGAAGAAGGAGUACCUACAAGAGCUGCUGAAAGAUACCCGCGGAUGGAAACGCAACAACGAAAUUGUUCCGAGGAAAAUGGUCAUCUUAGUCGACGAAAUGCAACCACCGAUUCGAUGGCCACUUGCCCGCAUAGAAGCAGUUUUGCCCGGCAAAGAUCAUCUCGCACGAGUUGUUUUGCUCCGUACAGCUCGUGGCAUCAUCACUCGUCCGAUCGCUAAAAUUUGUCUACUACCUUACUCUACGGUGGCAUCCGAAGCAGAAAAACAUCCAGCAACUAUCAGCGACGCACCUACAACCUAA